ACCACGACCACAGUAGGCGGGCUGUGUGUUGCGAUAGGUCGUUGCUAUGAUACGCCAAAGAUUGACAACGUUCCGGUUUCCGGUUCAUUCCGCUGUGCGCGCAGAAGUUGCUAGUCACAGGAGCCACAAUGGCGUUUGUAGUCUCCUUCAGAUAGGGCUGUGGAUGAUAUUAAAUCCACUAGCAUCGCCCUAAAUAUAGGCCUGGUUGAUUCCCAGAGCCAUUGAUAAUAAACUGGAACAUCUACUGCACACGAAAAUACUAUGAUUUCUAAUCAAUAUUGAAUUUAUAGGGGAUAAAACUUACAUUAAAGGGAACAUGUAAACAGUACCAACCGGGUCAAGUUUUCAUUUUAUUCGAGAAACGAGCGUCUUUUAAUGAAGGCAUUUGCUUGUUUCUGAAUGCUAAGACCGUAAUUCUGUGGAAUAAAAGCACCUUUACUUAACUUGGCACCGGACAAGGACACCUUUCACAAAGGGACUUUUUCUUUUUUACGAGUCAGCUCGCUAGCCGCCGAGCAUUGGCUAGCGGUGCUAGCUAAAUUGAGACGGAUACGACACCACAAUGCUUCGAUGUUUGGUUGGGAUCUUUUUCAUUCACUGACUAAUUCAAACUUAAAUACAUACAUUACAGCACUGGAGAACCACCUUGGCAUUUUUCUGCUUUGACGAACUAUGUUGGCGAACUCAAUGGAAUGAAUUGGCGUUGAGGAGGACUGGACGUGAGCGGCCUGGUGUGUUUAUUUUGUGUAUUUUCUUGCCCUGUUUCUGCUUAGUAACACUUUUGUUUUGGCAUUUGGAGUAGCUACUGUUUUCCUGUGAAUGAAUUGCUUGGACCACCGAGGCCAAGUCGCAGGAGAGGUACCGACGCCGGCGUGAGGGAUGCCUGGGUCGGACCGACACCAUGGGACCAAGAGGAAGCCGGAAUCUAGCACCAGCGGUGUGCCACACCAUACACAGGCCUCGACUCGUACCUCUGCGGGAGACAAGACGAGCAAAGAUGGCAAGGUGCAGGUAAAAGCUUCAAUGUCCUCUUCCUCUUCAAAACGCAAACGGCAUAAAUCAACCAAACAUAAUCGGGAAUCCUCGUCGGCACCGGGACCCAAAUAUUUUACCCUCGGUGAUACGGCGCCACCUGGUGUCAACACGGUGAAGCCUCUGGUGGAGUACGAUGAUAUCAGCUCCGACUCGGACACUUUUUCAGACCCACCGUCCUCAAGGCCUUCAGAGAGGGGGGGCGGAGACCGACUGGAGCCCUCACCAGACUACGAUAGAGACGGUGUCGAUAGAGAAGCCGACGGUAGAGAGAACAGGGGCCACAGACACUCCCGAAAAAAGUCUAAGGACCCUAACAAAGUUAAAGACCCUGGGAAUGGUGAACGUGGUUACAAGAAAAAGAGCAGCAAAGACCGCGAGAAAGGGAGUUCUGGAAAGAGCAAGGAGAAGGCGGUCUCCUCAGGCCCCUCAUCCAAACGCCAGGUCCAGCCAGAGGUUGAGUCUAAACGUGGGGAGCUGAUGCUCUCCACCCAGGUACAGCCUGCAGCCAGUGUAGGUAGCACUACUUCCUCCACGUCCUCAUCUCGCAGCAAGGAGAGCAGCCGCUCAGGGAAGGCUCGCAAGGACAAGCAACAGCGGAGAGAGGGCCGAGGGGAGGCCAGCCACAGCUCCUCCCAGAGAAACCGAGCAGACAGAAACCACCGCAAGUCCUCCAAGAGCCACAAGUCAAGCCCUAAGGGCAAGUCUUCGAGUAGGGUUAGCCCUCGCAGAAAGGGCCCCAGCUCUGCUCUUUCGCCCAGUCCCAGAAGAGGGGCUGGCAGCGAGAGUCCACAGGGCAGUGGGUAUGGGCAGCAGGGGGAUGACAGCUACUCCAGGCGGAGGGUGGCCCAGCAGAGUCCCAGUCCUUAUGGGGAUAUGUCCCGCCGCAGCAGACAGAGAUCAGACAGCCCCUACGGCAGCAGACACAGGUCCUCCAGCUAUGAGAGGGACAGCAGCCCUUACUCAAGGAGACGCUCCAUCAGCCCCUAUGGCACCCGCAGGUCCUCCAGCACCAGCCCCAUGUCUCGCCGCUCUGGCCGCUCCAGGAGUCGCUCCCCUAUGCACUACUCGUCUUCUCGUCGCUCAUCCUCUCGUUCCCGUAGCAAGAGGCAUACUUCCUCUGUUGCAGCGGGGGCCAGCUCCCACAGCAGCCGGCCAACUAGCCGCUCCCCUCCCUCCUCCCGUCUGCCACUUAACUCCAGCCUGGGAGCGGAGCUGAGCCGCAGGAAGAAGGAACGCCAGGCUGCAGAGGCAGCUGCUCGUGCUAGUGGUGGUGGUGGUGGUGGUGCUUCCCCUCCUCCACCAGCACGUAAAUCUGCAGGCUCCUCCUCUUUACAGCCCACUAAAGCGGUGGCUCCACAGCCGGAGAGAGACACGGCAGCAGCAGAACCUCUGCCCCCACCACCUGCGCUGUUACCCCAGGAUGCUCCCAGUGGUGAAGAUCAGGUUACUGCACCUCUACCUUCCUCUUCCACCUCCCCUGCACCUCCUCCUCAGCCCUCUCCAUCUCUGCCACCCGGUUCAGCCAUCCAAGUUCCACCACCGCCACCUCAGGCAGAAACAAGUAUUCAGCCUCCUACACCCUCAACCACAUCCCAGGCCAAAUCGCCAGAUCCGGUUCCUACACGCAGCCCUGUCCGCCAGAUCCCGUUCCACAAGACGUCGACUCUGCCUCUCCUGCCUUUACCACCUGCACUGCUCGGAAACGCUCAGGACAGUCCAAAGAAGUCCACCCCUCCUCAGAGGCCGUCUAGGAAGGAGAAGGAAGUUCGCAGCCGGACAUCACUCAUAGACCUUCCUUUACCGCCCACCUUGCCUGGAGGUGACUCCUCACCCCCACAGUCCCCCAUGCGCCAGGCCACACCGCUACCCCAGGCAGUCCUUAAGAAGAGACCAAAGAUUUGCUGCCCGCGAUAUGGUGAGCGCAAGCAUACCCAGAGUGACUGGGGCAAACGCUGUGUAGAUAAAUUCGAUAUAAUUGGCAUCAUAGGGGAAGGCACCUACGGCCAAGUGUACAAGGCCAAGGACAAAGACACUGGUGAACUGGUGGCUUUGAAGAAAGUGCGUUUGGACAAUGAAAAGGAGGGUUUCCCCAUCACAGCCAUUAGAGAGAUCAAGAUCUUGCGGCAGCUCAAACACCGCAGUGUUGUCAACAUGAAGGAAAUUGUCACAGACAAGCAGGAUGCACUUGACUUUAAAAAGGACAAAGGUGCUUUUUAUCUGGUGUUCGAGUACAUGGACCACGACCUGAUGGGCCUGCUGGAGUCGGGCCUGGUGCAGUUCUCCCAUGAGCACGUCCGCAGCUUCAUGCGCCAGCUGAUGGAGGGUCUGGACUACUGCCAUAAGAACAACUUCCUGCACAGAGACAUCAAAUGCUCCAACAUACUGCUCAACAACAGAGGUCAGAUUAAACUGGCUGAUUUUGGUUUGGCCCGGCUUUACAAUUCAGAGGAAAGUCGGCCGUACACUAAUAAAGUAAUCACACUAUGGUACCGCCCCCCUGAACUCCUGCUGGGAGAGGAGAGAUACUCUCCAGCCAUUGAUGUAUGGAGCUGUGGGUGUAUCCUGGGAGAGCUCUUCACCAAGAAGCCCAUCUUCCAGGCUAACCAGGAGCUUCUACAGCUGGAGCUCAUCAGCCGUCUGUGCGGGAGUCCCUGUCCUGCAGCCUGGCCUGACGUCAUUAAACUUCCCCUCUUCAACACCAUGAAACCCAAGAAGCAGUACAGGCGGCGACUGCGGGAGGAGUUUGCCUUUUUACCUACUCCCGCCCUGGACUUGCUGGACCGAAUGCUGACCCUCGACCCUGCACGGCGCUGCACAUCAGAGCACGCUCUCAACAGUGACUUUCUGAGUAAUGUUGAGCCAAGCAAGAUGCCGCCACCAGAUCUUCCUCACCAUCAGGACUGCCACGAGCUGUGGAGUAAGAAGAGAAGACGCGCACGUCAGAGCGGGGUGCCCGAGGAUGUGCCUGUGCCCAAAGUGCCCCGUAAGGAUGUGACUGGGACCUCCAGCGGAGAGAACAGCCGGACCCAAAGCAGUCCGGCUGGAGCCCCGCCGCCUCCACCAGGAAAACCGCCCUCCACAGCCAACUUAGAGAGUGAGUUGUCAGGCCUGGGAGUUGCUGCAGAGCAGUUGAACCAGACAGAGUUGGCCGUGCUGCUGAACCUUCUUCAGGGACAGACGGACCUCAGCCUGCCCCAGGUGGCCCAGCUCCUCAACCUCUCCAACCCAGAGACUCUCUCCAACCCAGAGACUCUCAGCCAGUCGCUGUCUGCCCUCAGUGAGGCCUCUGACCACCAGGGGGCUCCGGAGGACCAGGCCCAGUCUGCUCCCAGGUCUCAGCCCCCAGAGCCAACUCCUGAACCCCAGGAACUCUCGCCGGCAUCUGGAGACCCACCACUCAGCCAGGAAGACCAGGCCAACCUGCUGGCUCUCAUUUUGGGCCACAUCAUCAAGCCACAAACCGAGGAGCAAGGAGAUGAGAGCAAUGGCGUCCAAUCAGAGGAGGCAUUAAUGCGCGGCUCGUCCGCCUCUACUACUGAUCGCAAGGAUGGUGCAGGAUCAAAAAGGAAACCGCUUGGGGCCAACCAGGUACCUCCAUCUGGUGAGCAGCGUCCACCUUCUCCACCUGGGCCACCUCCAUCAGCUCCCCUCCUUGGAAAUGUCCAGCGGGCCAGGUCUGAAACCCAACCCAGCCAGGACAUCAGCCCUGCCGUGGCAGCUGCCUUGCUCCAGCUCAUCUCUCAGCAGGACUCGGAAGCUGGGGCCCCUCAGCGCAGCAAGGACCCAUCUCCUGUGGAUGCUCUGGCCCGGGCACAGCCCCCUCCACCCUGGGUUGCAGAUUCUUCGCCUACACCAUCAGCAGCAGCUGAGGCCCCAGCAGGACUGGGGACUGCUGCUUCUACCACUGCAGCACAGUUCCCUAAGGACCAGGACCUCCGCUUUUCCCAUGGAGCUGACCGCUGACCCUCAGUCCCCCACUGAGACAGACCUAGGUAUCUUGGGACAGAUCCAGCAGUCCUGGCCUGAAGAGAAAGGCAGAGGAAGAAUGCAGAGGGACACCUACACAUUAUGAAUCACUGGACCAUGAGCAGGUAGCUAAAGUUGAAUCAAAGAUUUUGAAAUUGAAUGUCUGAAAUAAAGAGAUUAAGGGCCUUUUCAGGUCAUGAACCUCACUGUCCUCUGAACAAGCUGUCGUAUCGGAGGGAGUGUUUGGACCUGGGGUCGGUAGGACCUUCAACAAUCCAUUUAGGGACAGCCACCACCUGCAAUCCCUUGCUCUUUCCUUCCACUGAAGGUCUUGACUUGAAUGAAGUUUAGCUUCCAAAUUGAGUGCCAUGCAGCUGACACUCAACUUAGAAAGCAGCUGUGAUCUUUUUUCUUUUUCUUUCUCCAAAAGAAAACAAAUGAUUGUCCAGUCCACUGCAGUGCCCACUUACUCACCAAGUUAUCAGUGUUUUGGAGAAUGAAGUACCUGUCCUCCACUCUGUGAUGGAGUGAUGUAUGUGACAGUGUGAUAGAAGAUUAGGUGGAGCUAAAAUAUUGUGUAUGGGUAUAUUUGAGGCAAUGAGCACACUGAUAAGAACACUGGAGGACCAUGAGUUUCCCAUUGAACCUUACAUGCUGCCUGGCUAGCUCCCCUGUUUUCAGCCUUGUGCCUCCUUUGUGACCCCAGCAACCCCUGAAUGAUCUGGGCCUAGCGGGGAAGUGUAGGUUAAGUUUCUGCUUUGGAUGGCACCUACAACAGUGUACAUCUGCAGGACUGUAUAUUGUUUUUCUUUGUUUUUUACCCAAAGGCUGUUCCAUAUUAUAUUCUGUCUGUCAUCAACUCAACUGAAUUGCGAUGUGUUCUCGGCCCACAUGAAUAUUUUCCUUCCUUUACAUACAGCUAACCUCUGUGUCCUAAGCCUACAGUACUCAACUUUCCUGUCUUGAAUAUGGAUUAAACCACUACAUUACGACGGACUGCUUCAUCAUACACACGCUAUACUGCUAGUUAAAGUAUAAAGCUAGAAACACACACACACACAGACACACACACAGAAACUGACUUUUCCGGCUUCUCCUGGUGGGCUGUGAAACCCUCAGCUAAUAUGUCAUUGCCUCCCAGCCAAGUUGUGCAACAGAAGCUUUUUCUUUUUUUGGUGCAGUUAUUUUCUACAUAAAGAAAAUAAUACACACUUAAAAAAAUAAUGGUCCACAGUUAUGUUUUCAUUUUUUCUUUUUGUUUUGCUUUGGAAAGGGAGGAUGGUUUCAUGGUGUCUGUAAAAAGAAAAAAAUAUUUUGUAAUAUGUGUUUUCUUGGUUCAGUUUAUUAAAGGAAGUAAUGCGACCAGUUGAA